CUUACACUAUACAUAUAUGCAGCGGGAUCGGUGAUAGUAAAUUUGAUGCAUCGUCGACAAAUAUAUGACGAGUAUAUAAAGACGAACAGAUUCUCCUGAUACUAUCAUUUACCCAAAAGUAUCGUUUACGAAAAGAAUACAAUCGUCCGAUACAGUUAUACGAAUAAAAGAGUAUCUUGAAAUGGAAACCGUCGAUGUCAUCAAGAAUUAUGAUAUUUACAAAUUGCUCUCUUUCGAGGAAGCGAAGGAGGUAGUGAAACGCGCGUUGAGCAAUGACGCCGAUCUAAUAGAAUACACUAUUCAACCGUACUCCAACGGCAAGCUCGGAUUUCUCGGCUCUCAUUAUAGGCUCGAUGCAAUAGCCACGAGGAAAAAGGAAACUGUCACUCUGGCAUUUUUUUUCAAGACCAUACCUUACCAAGUGCCCGAUCAAGCCGACUACGUGAUAAAAAAGGGUGUCUUCUAUAAAGAAAUAAAAUUUUACAGCGUCAUAAUGCCAUUGCUCACUGAGGGAUAUCGCGCAGAACCAUGGGCACCAAUGUGCUACAAAGUAAAGAAUGAUUCGAUAGUCUUCGAGGACUUGAGUGGAAAGGGGUACUCGAUUCGUAACAAACUGUUCGACAAGACGCUCGUGCGUGCGGGUUUAAGCGCUCUUGCGCGAAUGCACGCCGCCUCCCUCUUGGCGGAAGCUCGCCUUGGCACAUCCCUCAACCAGCUGUAUUCCGAUGCUUUCGUGGAGGCAGCCUUCGUUAGCGAAGGAAUGACACGAGAAUGGUUUGAAUCAGGCAUCGGUGUGGCCGCGGCCGUAGCCGAGCACCUGGGACACAAUCCUGACCUGGUACGAUCGACCUGCGAACAGGUGUAUCACGCUAUGAAACCGUCACGUACAAAGACAAACGUAGUUAGUCAUGGAGAUCUUUGGGGUAACAAUCUUCUCUUCAAUAACGACGUGCCGCCUAUGUGUUUGUUAGUGGACUUCCAGCUUUUAAGGUACUCUCCCUUGGCGCACGAUGUAGCACAGUUUUUGUAUCUGUGCACGGAUCGAAGUUUUCGACAGACUUGCGAGAGCGCGAUGUUGCGUCAUUAUUACGAGACGCUACGCGAGACCCUGAACAUUCAUGAAAUUAGUACUCGAAUACCUCCAUGGUCAGAGCUGAUCCAAGGCAUGGAGGAACAACGAUUAGGAGCCCUUAUUACUGCAAUAAUCUACUUUCCUACGGUUCUCAUGGACGAAAAUCUUGGCGCGCAAGUUGUAAACGAUCCGGCGUCUUACGUUGAGUAUUAUUUUCGGAACAGAAACGAAUUCGUCCUCUCAAACAUGGAGAAAGAUCCGAUUUACGGAAGAAGGAUCAGCGAAGCUGUUAUCGAACUCGUCGAACUCGCUUCACGACUGGAUCAAUUACCAAAACCAUCUUAAAAAUUAAAUAUGUAUUUUAUAUAUAGUGGAUUCGCAAAUCAAAUCAUCGGUAGUAAUGCUUCGUUAUGACUUCUCUUAGAACUGAAGUAUCAUUUUGAGCAUCGUUAAUACUGUCCCUGAAAAUGAGAAAAAUCAUUGUAGAUACAAAUAUUUUAACAAGUUAUAAUUAGUAGAAAUUUCAGAAAUAAAUAUUAAAAUCAUUAUCAAUCAACAAUAAGAAUAAAAACAUAUAUACUAUACAAAUUUAUGUGUGGUGUUAAACAUAUCUCAAAAUAAAAAUAUUAACAAAUGGA